CAUGACUCAAAAAGGAAAUAAUAAAUUAAAAUUUAGAAAAGAAAAGCCUUUGGCGCGAGGGUUGGGGUAGUGAGUAGUUUGUUGGCCAAGAUUGGCGCUCAAACGAACGCUUCAACGGCAUUAUUUCCCGGCCAUCAAUUCUAAUGGGUCUUUCUAUUUCUCUCUCUCUCAGUUGUUUCAACCAAAAUCCCCCCAUUUCCCCCCAUUUCUAGGGUUGGGGCUCCGAAUCCUCCACUCCCCCCCUUCAUUUCACACGGUGCUUUUCUUUUAAUUGUUCUUUGCAUUUCUAAAUUUAGGAUAAUUUGUUCAUUGUUUUAGGGUUGUCUUGAAAAUUUCUCUGUUUCUUUUUCCGUACAUACUUGUGAUUGAAGAACAAGAACAAGAAGACGCAGUAGAGGUUCCAGAUUAAGGUGGUGUGUCGUGUGUGUAUCCGUGUGAUCAGGUCCUCAGGUGAAAGAUCUGAGGCUCACAUAUAAUAUUUAUAAUUGUAAUUAAAUUACUGAAAGAAAAUGAGCGCUUCGAGGUUUAUUAAGUGCGUCACGGUCGGUGACGGAGCUGUGGGUAAAACUUGCUUGCUUAUUUCCUAUACCAGCAAUACCUUCCCCACGGAUUAUGUGCCUACUGUUUUCGACAAUUUCAGUGCAAACGUGGUUGUCAAUGGGAGCACUGUUAACCUGGGGUUGUGGGAUACUGCUGGACAGGAGGACUAUAAUAGGUUAAGACCUCUGAGUUAUCGUGGAGCAGAUGUUUUCAUUCUGGCCUUUUCUCUCAUUAGUAAGGCCAGUUUUGAAAAUGUUUCUAAGAAGUGGAUUCCGGAGUUGAAGCAUUAUGCACCUGGUGUCCCAAUAGUUCUUGUUGGAACAAAGCUUGAUCUUCGGGAUGAUAACCAGUUCUGUAUUGACCAUCCCGGUGCAGUGCCCAUUUAUACUGCUCAAGGAGAAGAGCUGAGGAAGCUGAUUGGUGCACCUGCGUAUAUCGAAUGCAGUUCAAAAACACAGCAGAAUGUGAAGGCAGUCUUUGAUGCGGCCAUUAGGGUUGUUCUUCAACCUUCCAAGCAGAAGUCAAAGAAGAGCAAAGGACAUAUGAAUUGCUCAAUCUUGUGAUCAAAUAGGUGUGUAAAGAGAUAAACAGCUGCCUAUCACUCUCUGUCUUACCCUUGUUCCCCUUCCUCUCUUCUUUCUUCCCUUUGCCCUUCCUUGAAGAGGCUGAGUCAGCUGGUUUAAACUGCUUUCUUGGAAUUGUUAUGAUCUUUUAAUUUUUUAAUCUGAUUACAUGGUUCCCAUUUUUA